GACACCGGCUGAAACCCACCGAGACCCACCGACACUGGCUGAAACCCACCGAGACCAUGUGGAACAAAUGCCCUACGAUGAUAAAGUUACAAAUUUCCGAGGCCAGUCGAGACCGAUGGAGACCCACCGAUACCAAUGGUCUCGACCGGUCUCGAGCACGGUCUCGAUGGGUUUCACGUCCGACAAGGGUGACGAAAUUCGCAAAAGAUCGCAUAACUAUGCCACCCGCAAUUCCCGAGAGCCUCCUCGUGAAGCACGGCAUGGUGAAGAAAGUGGUCGUCGGAGGCUGCUUACCAGGAGGAGGCCUGGAUCGACCGAGUGUGGUUUUUGGAGGACAAUGCUUGCUUUCAAAAAACCUGGAACCACAGUGUUUGAUGCCUUAAUGGCAAAGUUUGGUCUGGAUAGCCGGCAAUCGGUGGCCUUGAAGCUCAAAAGCCAAAAUGGCAAAUCCAUCGUGAUAGGCUUGUUUCAGUUCUCUGAUAUGGGACCUCAACAACCUGCAGACCACUGUUGGGCCCCAGAUUGGUGCAUUUCCAGUCUGGGAAUUUAUUCUGGAAGCCCCGUCUCGAUCUUCGUCUUGAAGAAGUUUCCUGCUCCAGCCACCCACAUGAAGUUCCAGUCCAACCUACCUGUGAACGACAGCGUCAAACUCUCUCUGCGUGAUCGACUGACCUGCCUCAAGUUUAUCACUGUUGGAGAUGUCAUCGAGGGCGACGUAGACGGCAGGGAUGGACUCUUCACCCUUCUCACCACCCGUCCGCAAAGGAAGACAGCCAGCCUGACAAUUAAUAAUGGUGAAUUGGACGCCAUUAUUAAGAUUGUUAAUUAAUUGAGUUUCCAAGCCAAAUUUUAUUUUUUAGUAUGCAUUCUCAGAUUAUGUUUUAACUGGAAAACCGAAUGUCUUAAAAAAUUCUUUAUUUAUAAUGAUAUGAAGUUAUAAAUAUAUGUCUUCUCUCUUAAUAAAAAUAAAUGACGAAUAUCGA